CUCCAAAAGAGCUCUGGGAAAAAAAGGACUAGUAACUAAACAUGGCGGACGAACAAACGACGGAAAUAGCCCCAGAGAAAAGUAAAAAGAACAGAUUUCGCCGUGAUAAACCCUGGGACCAUGAAGGGAUUGACCACUGGAGAGUUGACAAGUUUUCCGCUGAUGACAACCCCUACGGAGUCGUGGAAGAAAGCUCGUUUGCCACGCUCUUUCCCAAAUACAGAGAAAAAUACCUCAAAGAGGUUUGGCCUCUGGUGGAAAAAGAACUAAAGGAACAUAAUUUGAAGUGUCAGCUUGAUUUGAUUGAAGGAAGCAUGACUGUCUUUACAACAAGAAAGACCUUUGAUCCAUACAUCAUCAUCAAAGCUAGAGACAUGAUUAAACUAAUGGCAAGAAGUGUCCAAUUUGAACAGGCGAAACGAAUCUUAGAAGAUGAAGUAGCAUGUGACAUUAUCAAAAUCGCCUCAUUAGUCAGAAACAAGGAAAGAUUUGUGAAAAGAAGACAGAGAUUGAUUGGACCAAAUUGUGCAACAUUAAAGGCUUUGGAGCUGCUAACUGAAUGUUAUAUCAUGGUUCAAGGGAAUACUGUAUCUGCUCUCGGCCCAUACAAAGGACUCAAGCAGGUUAGAAAAGUUGUAGAGGAGACAAUGAAGAAUGUACAUCCAAUUUAUAACAUCAAGACACUGAUGAUUAAACGUGAGCUUGCUAAGGAUCCAGAUCUCAAGAAUGAAUCAUGGGACAGAUUUCUGCCAAAGUUCAGAAAAAAAGCUGUAAAGAAAAAGAAGAAGGUCCCAAAGACAAAGAAAGAAUACACUCCAUUCCCACCACCGCAGCCAGAGAGCAAGAUGGACAAAGAGCUAGCAAGUGGCGAAUAUUUCUUGAAAGAAAAAGAGCGCAAAGCUCAGGCACAGCACGAGCGCAAGCAAAGACAAGCAGCGGCAGCUGAAAAGAGGAAGGUGACACGAGAGCAAGCUUACAUCCCACCUGUAGAGACAGUCCCAAAAAAUGAGAAAAAUGAAAAUAAGAAAGGCAAAAAUGACAAAGUUGACAUUGAAGCAUUAAAAAAGAAAGUGCAAAAUGCCCAGAAAAGAAAAGGUGUACAAACUACGUCGUCAGAUGCAUCAAAAAGAAAGAAGAAAAAGUCAGCAAAUUAGCAAACAAUGUUAGAAGAAAACUCUAUACCAGUGCCGUUUUACAUAAUUUGUAUAUAGCAAAAAAAAAAGAAAACCUGGUUGUUAUUUUCUUAAUUCACAAAUAAAGCAUCUUUGUUCAGCAAAA